AGCGCAUUUUUUGCCCGAGAUCCGAGUCGCUGCGUUCGCAACCUUCUCAGGGCGCUUCUGCAUGACCGUCGCGGCGCCGCGCUACUCGGGGCCGCCUCGUGUGGCGGCCGCGUGGCCGCCACUCGGCAGCCCGAGCGGGACAGCUGGGGGCGCGGCGAAGGGCGGUUUCCAGCGCCAGCGCCGCCCCACCGGCUGCUGGGGCUCCAAGCUUCUCUCCGCGGCUUCGGACACGCCGGGGCAGGGGAAGGGCCAACUCUCCGAGCCGAGGUCCUGGAGCGACAUGACCGAAGAUACGAGUCACGACGAUUUCAUGGGCCAGGGCCGCCCCAGCGGCUGCUGGGAAUCUGGGAUUCUCUCCGCGGCGCCGGACACGCCAGGUCAGGGGAGCGGCCAUGUCGCCGAGCCGAGGUCUUGGAGCGACAUGGCCCAGGACGCGACGGAGGAUGAUGUGCAUUGCCAGCGCCGCCUCAGCGGCUGCUGGGGCUCUGGGUUUCACUCCACGGUGCCAGACACGCCAGGGCAGGGGAACGGCCACCUCUGCGAGCAGAGGACCGAAGCCUGACCUCGCGACGCAGUCCCAGAGCUGCGCCGACGUGACCAGCGCUGGGCAGGAGGCGCCCGCCGCCGUGCCCGCGCCGCCGGG